AUGGGGAAGCGACAGCACCAGAAGGACAAGAUGUACAUCACCUGUGCUGAAUAUACUCACUUCUAUGGUGGCAAGAAACCAGAUGUUCCACAAACAAAUUUUCGUCGUCUGCCUUUUGACCACUGCAGUCUCUCUCUGCAGCCCUUCGCCUAUCCGGUGUGCACCCCCGAGGGCGUCGUCUUUGACUUGCUGAACAUCGUUCCUUGGCUUAAGAAGUAUGGGACCAACCCCAGCAACGGAGAGAAGCUGGACGGGAGGUCCCUGAUCAGGUUGAACUUCGCAAAGAACAGUGAAGGGAAGUACCACUGCCCGGUGCUCUUCACCGUGUUCACCAACAGCAGCCACAUCGUGGCCAUCAGGACCACCGGCAACGUCUACGCCCACGAGGCGGUGGAGCAGCUGAACAUCAAGGCCAAGAACUUCCGAGACCUGCUGACCGACGAGCCCUUCUGCCGACAGGACAUCAUCACCCUGCAGGAUCCCACCAACUUGGACAAGUUCAACGUCUCCAACUUCUUCCACAUUAAGAAUAACAUGAAGAUAGUCGACCCAGAUGAAGAGAAGGCCAAGCAGGACCCGUCGUACUAUUUGAAAAACACGAACACGGAGACGCGGGAGACGCUGCAGGAGCUCUACAAGGAGUUCAAAGGGGACGAGGUGCUGGCGGCCACUAUGAGGGUCCCCGAGAAGGCGAAGGUGGACAAGCUGAACGCCGCCCACUACUCCACUGGGAGGGUCAGUGCCUCCUUCACGUCCACUGCCAUGGUUCCCGAGACCACGCAUGAAGCAGCGGCCAUCGACGAGGACGAGCUGCGCUACCAGUUUGUGAAGAAGAAGGGCUAUGUGCGUCUGCACACCAGCCUGGGCGACCUCAACCUGGAGCUGCACUGCGACCUGACCCCAAAAACCUGCGAGAACUUCAUCAAGCUCUGCAAGAAGCAGUAUUACGAUGGCACCAUUUUCCACCGGUCCAUCCGCAACUUUGUGAUCCAGGGAGGCGACCCGACGGGCACCGGCACAGGUGGGGAGUCGUGCUGGGGGAAGCCCUUCAGAGAUGAGUUCCGGCCCAAUCUCUCGCACACGGGCCGCGGUGUGCUCAGCAUGGCCAACUCAGGGCCCAACACCAACAAGUCUCAGUUCUUCAUCACUUUCCGCUCCUGCGCUUACUUGGACAAGAAGCACACCAUCUUUGGGCGGGUUGUUGGGGGCUUUGACACGCUGACGGCCAUGGAGAACGUGGAGAGUGACCCCAAAACUGACCGCCCUAAGGAGGAGAUCCGCAUUGACUCCACCGUCGUGUUCGUGGACCCCUAUGAAGAGGCCGACGCUCAGAUCACCGAGGAGCGCAGGAAGACACAGCUGGAGGCGGCGGCCCCCGAGAGCACGGCCAAGAGCAGCCAGCCCCCCCAGGGGAGCCAGGGCCCCCAGGCAUACCGCCAGGGUGUGGGCAAGUACAUCAGCCCGGCAGUCACGAAGCGGGUGGCAGAGGAGGAGCCGUCCAGCAGUGCAGCCGUGCCCGUGGCCAAGAAGAAGCCUAGCCGUGGCUUCGGGGACUUCAGCUCGUGGUAG